CAAAUAAUGGGAAAUAAAUCAAUUGGCCGAUAAACGACUCUUGAAUAUUUUAAUUAACUGGGGGUACGGCUACUGCCACCGAUAUGGCAAUCUGGAUCUGGGCUUUGGGUCGUAUAUAAGGUGGAUCCCCAGCGAGAUCCCAGCAAAACCCAAUCAACCAUGAGGAGUAUUAUUCUAGUGUUGGCCUUGGCCGUGGCAGCUGUUUCAGCGGUGCCCCUAAUAGAGGACCAGGAUGCGACCGCCCUGAAGGAAUUGUUCAAGAAAAUGAACCUUGACUUGGACUUGAACUUGAACUUCGACCUGGACCUGGGAGUCAACUUGGACGAGGUGAUGGAACUGGAACUGGAACUGCCCGAGGAGGGCACCACCGACGUGGCGGUGGAUGAGUUCGCCUUUUUGGACCGGGUGGUGCGCCUCCUGCUUUCGGAGGCGAAGGCCCUGGGACGCCAAAUCAUCCGGCUGACCGAGCGCCAGCUGCUGAAGAUCUUCCUUUAUCCGCUGAGGGAGCUGGAGAAGCUGGCCGAGGAGCUCGAGCAGAAGGCUUUGGAUGCGGGCGACUGCGCGCUCAAUGUGACCACCAGUGUGGCCGAUGUCCUGGCCUGGGGCACCGUGGGCUACACGAGAUGCGCCUACGAUGCCGCCUGCACCUCCAUCGAUCUGGUCGUGGACACCAAGAAGGCGGUCCUCCAGUUGACCCUGGACGCCUAUCACAUCUACACGAAGAGGCGCGAGUGCAAGACCAAGACACUUGCGAUUACAAAAAAGACCUGCGAAGCGGGCUUGUAUCUCCAAUGUAUUUCGUUCGUCGCCAAGGCCCCGGGCUCCAUACUCCAUUUGAUUGGACUCCGGAACAGCGUGCCCGCCGUGGCCACCGAUGCCACCUCCUGCACCAACGAGGCCACCGAGAACGUCCUCCGGGGAUUCAACGAGCUCAACGAAGCCAUUGACGCCUGUGCCGCCAACUUUAAGAAGUGAAAAAAUUAAAUAAAUUGUA